AAUCCGAAAUCACUCGCUGUGGGCUGUGGCACGGUAGGUAUCGCGGGAAAAUCGAUCGAUAGGUACUUUGCAUACUUUGUACUGUGUGAAGUGUGCGAGACGUGUUUUCAAAAGUUCAGUGUAAAAAUUGAUUCUGUUGCAUUUGUAAUGUUUUUAUAAAUUUAAAUUAUCUUCAAAUAAUUUAAUAAUAGUCCUGUUACAAUGGCUACGUGCAAAACGUUUUAUUUGGCUUUCCUCGUCGUGGCAUCUGCUGAAUUUGUCUGGAAACAUCACAACAAUGAAGAACUACCCUUGGUUUUAGAAGAAGUUCAUGAAAAAUGCCCUAAUAUUACAAGAGUGUACGCAUUAUCGGAACCCUCUGUGAGAAAUGUGCCUCUGUAUGUUAUUGAGUUUUCUGAUAACCCUGGAUUCCAUCAACCAUACAAACCAGAAGUAAAAUAUGUGGGCAAUAUUCACGGAAAUGAGGUACUGGGUAGAGAAUUGCUGUUAGGCCUCGCACACUACCUUUGCGACCAGUACAAUAACCAUGACCGCCACAUAAGAGCACUAAUUCACAAUACUCGUAUACAUUUGCUGCCGUCAAUGAAUCCUGAUGGAUGGCAAUUGGCUACGGAUACUGGUGGUCAAGACUACCUCAUUGGGCGUAAUAACAACCAUUCUGUGGAUUUGAACAGAAACUUCCCUGAUUUGGAUGCAAUUACGUUUGAGUUUGAACGUCAGGGUGUAAGCCAUAACAACCAUUUACUCAAGGAUUUGUCACGUCUUGCUGCGCCGUUGGAACCCGAAACCCGAGCUGUGAUGAGAUGGAUCAUGUCCAUUCCGUUUGUACUGAGCGCAGCGAUGCACGGUGGUGACUUGGUCGCAAACUAUCCUUACGAUGAGAGCAGGAGUGGAGCUCCAGUCUCGGAAUAUUCUGCCAGUCCUGACGAUGACACCUUCAGGGAGUUAGCUAUGGCAUACGCGAGUGCGCACGCAGACAUGGCGUCCGCGAGCCGGACGGGAUGCCGCAUCAGCAGUGACGACACCACUGCGUACAACUUCGGAGAGCAGGGCGGCGUCACCAACGGCGCAGCUUGGUACAGCUUGAAGGGAGGUAUGCAAGAUUUCAACUACUUGGCAACUAACGCGUUUGAAAUCACACUCGAAUUGGGCUGCCAGAAGUAUACACCUGAGAGGGAUUUGGAGAAAGAAUGGAUCCGAAAUAAGGACGCUCUGCUGGCGUUCAUAUGGAAGGCGCAUACGGGCGUCAAGGGCAUCGUUAGCGACGACUCCGGAUUCAUCCAGAAUGCCAUAAUAUCCGUCGUCAACAUUACCGGUCCUGUGCCACGACCUAUACGACAUGACAUCACAACUGGAGCGUAUGGCGACUACUACCGCCUGCUGACCCCGGGCCACUACGAGGUGACGGCGAGUAAGCCGGGAUACUUCCCCGUGUCGCGGGUCGUCACCGUACCCCACCACCAGACCUCCGCCAAAAUACUUAACUUCAAACUUGAGCCAACAACGAACUGGUUCGACGAUUACACAGCAUUCGGUCUGUACCCGCACGGGCUGCGCGACGCCCAGCCGCGCAUCUACAAACGAUCCAUUUACCAGCAGAUCACGGACUCGCUUUUGGACAACAAACAAGUUAAACAUUCAACUCUGGCUUAAUCCCACGAAUCUUCACGAAUCCGUCAAACAUGAAACAGAUGGUUUAAUUUUAAGUAUAGAAUGUACCGGUUUUACUCACGUAUUUAGUCGAUGUAUGUAAUGCCCGACUAGUUACGAACUCUACCUAUAAAUUCUUCUAUACUUAAAAUGGAAAUCACUCAAGAAAGUUUAAACAUUAAAAGGAUGGUUUUAUUUUUUCAUGUCUUACCGUGAGUUUGCACUGACGAAAAUUUACAUAAAACAUGUUCAAAACUUUGUUUUGUUCAAAAUUCUGUUAGGUGUAGGUAGAUCGAAAUGCAUGUGUGUUGUCUUGUAACCUACCAAUAAAAAACUUAUUUUAGGUACUUAGGUACCUUAUUCAAAGCUCACUCUGUAUAGUUGGAUUUAAGUUCAGUCAAAAAUUUGCUAAGUAUUUGAAAAGUUACAAGAUUUUCAUCUGAAUAUAAUAUUUGAAUUGGUCCGGUU